AUGGAUGGAACUAAAACCAUAAGGCGUAGAACGCAUGACUAUGAAUUCAACGAAAAUAGUCAGUUCAAACGAAAAUUUCCAAAUGGAACUUAUGGUGAAUCAAGACUUGUUGAGAAUAUACAAAAUAAUAAUAAUAAUAGCAAUGGAAGACGUUUCUUGUCUAGUCCACAAAAUGGACACAGCAAAGAAAAGCUUCCUAAUUGCACUAUUGGACGUACAACAGCUGCUGAAAUCCAUUCUUCACAACCGUCACUGCCUCCCAGCUUGAGAGAAUCGGAACGCAUGCUACAUGUUCAACGUUGGAUAAAUAGUAUCCCACCUGAUUUACCAUCCUGGAUACAAGUAUCACAUAAUAAAAUAAUCCCGGUUACUAAUCCACAUGAAUCUUAUGCUGAAAUAGAAGAUUCAAUCAUAUCUGAAAUUCCAGAUACAUCAGAUCUCGCUUCUAAUCAUGAUAUUUUAGACUGUAAUCCUGGUUGUAAUUUGAAUUCUGUCAAUCAAACUGUGAAUUAUUAUUCUAAGCAACCAAAUAAUCAUUCAUCCAAUCCUUCUACACAAAAAUCAUUAUCUAAAAUUCCUGGUGUUUCAGUUGCUCCUCCUCUGCAACCACCUCCGUUUCCACCGUUACCGCCACCGCCUCUGCCACCUCCGACACAUUCACAAUCAUCGCUUCCACUUCAGUUGCAUUCAUCUGUUCAACAUGGGCAUAGCAGUAAUAAUAAUAAUAACACUUCUUUAGGUAUAAUUCCUUCAAAAUUUUCUACUAUACCAAGUGGUAGUACAGUUAACUCUCAUCAAAAUCUACUUACUCCUAUACAGUCAAAUCAGGAUAUGAACCUAUCGGAUCAUCCUCAUCAACAUCCGCAUCAAUAUUGUAUGAAUAAUGAUCAUAAUCAAUUGAAUUAUUCAUCUAGAGAUACAUUACUAAGUCAUCAUAUUGAUUGUGAACCAAAUCAUACUAAUAAUAGUAUUCACAAUAGUCAAAGACAUCCUAUUGGCGAUUCCAUGAAUUCAGGUGGACGAUUAUUCAAUGAUAUGGAAAUUCAAAUGAUUGUUAAGCUGUUCCAAGAUUAUUUCACCAAAGGUAGUUGUCCAAUGCUUAAAGAAGUUCGACGUCGUAUUAUGAACAAUUUUCUAGAAUCUAGACGAACACCUGUAGGAAUACGUGCAAAAAUUAAACGUCUUCAAAAAAGUGGACAAUGGACAGAUUACAUUACUACCUGA